CAUCAGUCAGCCGCCGCCGGGGCUGGUGAGGGCCUUGCUUGUGGAGCUGGAGCCGGACGCCGAGGAGCUGAAGCAGGGCCGGGGCGGAGCGCAGCGCUGCGCCGGGGCCGCAAGGAGGGGCGUCUUGCUGCUGGCCCACCGCGAGCCGCCCCCAGCCCGCGCCGAGGUGCCCUCCCGCCAGGCCGCCUGCCUCCGCCUUCCACCUCCCUCCAUUUGCCCGGAAUCUCAGCCCGGCGCGCCUGCAUCCCGGCCCUUCACUGGGAGAGGAAGCUCCCGGCCGCUUUCCAGCUCCUCUCUUUCCUCGCAGCCUGGACUCCCACCCCCCUCUCUUCUUUUCCUGGUCUGGAUCCCACUCCCUUCGGUCCCCUUCCUGUAGCCCAGGCUGCCUGCCCCUUCCCUUAGCCGAGUCAGCUCUUCAGUCACUUUCCUCAGCCGAGGGUCCCAACCUUCCCUCUUCGUUUUCCUUGCUUGGGGUCCAGUCUAUCCUGUCCCUUCCUCUGUCCCUAGGGCGCAGUCCCUUCCCUCUCCCCCUUUCCCAGGCCUGGAGUUCCAGACUUUUUGGUCUCCACCUGUGGUCCUUCCUGGGUCCUUGUUCCUCUUCCCCAUUUUGGAGUUCAAGAUCUGGAAACCAGCCUCCCUCCACCCCCCAGAGGACUGCUUCCACAAAAUACCUCUCUAAAACAUGAACUUUUCCUAGAGACCACUCCAGUCUUUCUUCUCACCUGCUGACCCCUUGCUACCUAUGUCCCAGGUCUUACUCUCACUUUGCUAAGGGUCAAGGCCUACUGGGCAGAGGGAGCAGCGCAAUGCUGUGGUCUGGCAUCUGUGGCCUCUCGCCGCCUCGAAUCUUCCCUUCGUUGCUUGUGUUGGUAGCCUUGGUGGGGUUGCUCCCUGUUCUCAGGAGCCAUGACCUCCAGUCCAGCCCUACUGCCAGCACCAUCCGAGGCUCAGAGCCACCACGGGAACGCUCCAUUGGGGAUGUCACCACCGCCCCACCGGAGUCCCCCCCUGAGAGCCGCCCUGUUAACCAUUCCGUCACUGAACAUAGCAUGAAGACUCGAAAGGCCUUUCCGGUUCUGGGGAUUGACUACUCACACGUGCGCACACCCUUUGAGAUCUCCCUCUGGAUCCUUCUGGCUUGCCUCAUGAAGAUAGGUUUCCAUGUGAUCCCCACCAUCUCGAGCAUCGUCCCAGAGAGCUGCCUGCUGAUCGUGGUGGGGCUGCUGGUGGGGGGCCUGAUCAAGGGCGUGGGGGAGACGCCCCCCUUCCUGCAGUCGGAAGUCUUCUUCCUCUUCCUGCUGCCGCCCAUCAUCCUGGAUGCAGGCUACUUCCUGCCACUGCGGCAGUUCACAGAGAACCUGGGCACCAUCCUGAUCUUCGCCGUGGUGGGCACGCUGUGGAACGCCUUCUUCCUGGGCGGCCUCAUGUAUGCCGUGUGCCUGGUGGGUGACGAGCAGAUCAGCAACAUUAAACUCCUGGACAACCUACUCUUCGGCAGCAUCAUCUCGGCCGUGGACCCCGUGGCCGUGCUGGCUGUCUUUGAGGAAAUUCACAUCAACGAGCUGCUACAUAUCCUCGUCUUCGGGGAGUCCCUGCUCAAUGACGCCGUCACUGUGGUCCUGUAUCAUCUCUUUGAGGAGUUUGCCAACUACGACCAUGUGGGCAUCGUGGACAUUGUCCUUGGCUUCCUGAGCUUCUUCGUGGUGUCCUUGGGCGGGGUGUUUGUGGGCGUGGUCUACGGGGUCAUCGCAGCCUUCACCUCCCGAUUCACCUCCCACAUCCGCGUCAUCGAGCCGCUCUUCGUCUUCCUCUACAGCUACAUGGCCUACCUGUCAGCCGAGCUCUUCCACCUGUCAGGCAUCAUGGCACUCAUUGCCUCGGGAGUGGUGAUGCGCCCCUACGUGGAGGCCAACAUCUCCCACAAAUCCCACACGACCAUCAAAUAUUUCCUGAAGAUGUGGAGCAGUGUCAGCGAGACCCUCAUCUUCAUCUUCCUCGGCGUCUCCACUGUGGCUGGCUCCCACCACUGGAACUGGACCUUUGUCAUCAGCACCCUAAUCUUCUGCCUCAUCGCCCGAGUACUGGGUGUGCUGGGCUUGACCUGGUUCAUCAACAAGUUCCGCAUCGUGAAGCUGACCCCCAAGGACCAGUUCAUCAUCGCGUAUGGGGGCCUACGAGGUGCCAUCGCCUUCUCCCUGGGCUACCUCCUGGACAAGAAGCACUUCCCAAUGUGUGAGCUGUUCCUCACUGCCAUCAUCACCGUCAUCUUCUUCACCGUCUUUGUGCAGGGUAUGACCAUUCGCCCCCUGGUAGACCUGUUGGCUGUGAAGAAAAAGCAAGAAACGAAGCGCUCCAUCAAUGAGGAGAUCCACACGCAGUUCCUGGACCACCUUCUGACAGGCAUCGAGGACAUCUGUGGCCACUACGGCCACCACCACUGGAAGGACAAGCUGAACCGGUUUAAUAAGAAGUACGUGAAGAAGUGUCUGAUAGCUGGCGAGCGCUCCAAGGAGCCCCAGCUCAUCGCCUUCUACCACAAGAUGGAGAUGAAGCAGGCUAUUGAGCUGGUGGAAAGUGGGGGCAUGGGCAAGAUCCCCUCCGCCGUCUCCACCGUCUCCAUGCAGAAUAUCCACCCCAAGUCCCUGCCUGCUGAGCGCAUCCUGCCAGCACUGUCCAAGGACAAGGAGGAGGAGAUCCGCAAAAUCCUGAGGAACAACUUGCAGAAGACCAGGCAGCGGCUGCGGUCCUACAACAGACACACGCUGGUGGCAGACCCCUACGAGGAGGCCUGGAACCAGAUGCUGCUCCGGAGACAGAAGGCCCGGCAACUAGAGCAGAAGAUCAACAACUACCUGACGGUGCCUGCCCACAAGCUGGACUCGCCCACCAUGUCACGGGCCCGCAUCGGCUCAGACCCGCUGGCCUAUGAGCCAAAGGCCGACUUGCCUGUUAUCACCAUCGACCCAGCCUCCCCGCAGUCGCCUGAGUCCGUGGACCUGGUGAAUGAGGAGCUGAAGGGCAAGGUCUUGGGGCUGAGCCGGGAUCCAAGGUUGGCUGAGGAGGACGAGGAUGAUGACGAUGGGGGCAUUGUGAUGCGGACCAAGGAGCCUUCGUCCCCAGGCACCGAUGAUGUCUUCACACCUGGGCCAAGUGACAGCCCCAGCUCCCAGAGGAUACAGCGGUGCCUCAGUGACCCAGGCCCUCACCCUGAGCCUGGGGAAGGAGAGCCUUUCAUCCCCAAGGGGCAGUAGCCCUGCGGCCAGCGGGCAGUGCCCAUCCUACCACAGACUCUCCCACCAGAGUAGGGGCUGCUGGGGGAACGGAGGGCUCCCUCGUCCUUCCUGACCUGGAUUGGCCCUGCCCCUCUCCCCACCGCAUGGCAGCUGGGCCCACAGCCCCCAUCGCAGCACGGCUUCCCCCUGCCUCCUGGGAAGCGCCCUCCCUCCCACCAGAACUGCCUUCCCAGUCCUCUAGGCAGAACUGCUGGGCCGUGAGGCAGCCCCUGCCCCUUCCCGAUCCAGGCUCUCUCCCAUACCCCGACUAGGGCCUCUGAGUUUCCCAGACCUCAGAGGUCCCCCUCCCACUCCAUCACUCUCCUCAUUCAAACCAAUCUUAGUUUCUAACCAAAGAGCCUCUGGCUCAGCCUUGGUCCCACCUGGGAAGGGAAGGAGCCAAGGCCUCCCUUGGCCUAGGCCAGGCCCUCCAUUAACAGGGGAAAGACUAGGGGACCAGGCAUCUGACUGGGGGAGGGAUUGGUGACCCAUGGUAGUCCUCUCCUCCUGCCAGCUCUGUCACCCUGGCCAGCCACCCUGACCUGUCCUUACUCAGAGCUGCAGGCUGAGGGCAUCUCUGAGCUUCUCUGUCUGGAGCUGGGGCGCUUUGGACAGUAACGUGACUCAGCUUUCCAGACUGUGCUCCAAGGGACCAGCAGGCCCUUCAGGGGUGCUGUCAGGGGAGGACUGUCAGGGGCUACAGAAAGUGCUGCCUUUUUAUCUGUUCUGUUUGUUCACACUUCCAUGUAUGAUUCUAUUUGCACAGAGGGCAUUCCUGUUUUUAAAACAUUUUAAAAACCCCUGGCUGACAGAGCUCCGGCCCUGCCCUCCUACUCCAGAGAGUUACCCCUCUUCAUUUGUGCCUGUCUGCCCAACACUCUCCCCUAAAUCGGUCCUCUGCCUUUUGGGCUCUUAACUGUGGCCCCAAGGCUCUGAUUUCAGAAGUGACCCCCAACCCAGUCAUAAUUCUCUCUAACUCUCAGACGCUGGGCCUCUUGGCGCCUUCUUUGCUCUUGGGCCUGACCCUCAGUUCCUGCUCGCCUGUCCCUUCCCUCAUCCCCCUGUUGGCCCCUGGAAUCUCCCUCUUCUGUACACUGCACCCAGCUUGCUGUGGGGCCCAGUCCUCGGGGUAGAAGGCCUCCCCUGAGCAUCCUCUGCCCAGCUGGGGCUGGUGGAUGGCCAGGGUCCUGGGCCCCCAAAGGCCUUUCCUCACAGGCACACACUCCCACCCCGCUGCCACCAUGGCCAGGCCCAGGCCUAUUGGUGGGCACUCCCUUCCCCAGGAUUGUGCAAUAGUCAGAGUGUCCCUCUUCCCAGUGGACUGGGCAGUGGGUGCUCAUCUGUCUCCCCUCCUCUCCAUGCAAGUGCUGUUUUGGGCAGGAGUCACCAUGCGAGGAUGAUGUUGACAACCAUGUUCAAAGCCACCACAGCUGCUCCCGCUCUGCCGCCUGUACAGAAACCGAAUCUUUUUCAUAUUCUAAUAAAUCGGUAUGAGUUUUUGAUAGA